AUGUGCCUGCAGCACCUGUGUGACAGUAAAGUGCUGUGUGCUCAGAUGUGCCUGCAGCACCUGUGUGACAGUAAAGUGCUGUGUGCUCAGAUGUGCCUGCAGCACCUGUGUGUCAGUAAAGUGCUGUGUGCUCAGAUGUGCCUGCAGCUCCUGUGUAAUGAGGACAUCAGAGAGGAGCUGUGGACCGAGGAGCAGAGGAGCCUCUUGGACGUCUUCAUCCAGGACCCGUCCAUCUCUUCUCUGUCUGUGUCCCUGGACUCUGAGCAGGAGCUACAUGUGGCAUUCUCUGGGACGUCUGAGGUGUGA